GACACCUGGGCCCAUGGCAGGGCCGGGGCUGGUAGCAGCAGGCCCGGCGCCCCCAGGCCCGGCCCCAGGGCCCAGCCCUGCCCUGCCAGGCCAACGGCACCGAGGCGUCGCCCCCACCUCGGCCCCUCGGUCCUGCGGCGCUCCCCCGCCCCAGGCAGGCCGUCGAGGCCACAGGGCCACGGGCACCCGCCGCCUGGCAGGGCUCCAGGCAGGCCGUGCUGCUGCCGUGACCCCGCUGCCCUCGGGCCCCUGCACGCGGCCCCGCCGCUUCCCGUCAGAGCGGCCGCGCUGCCCCCGGCCCUGCGUCCUGCCACGGCCCGGCCAGCGCCACACGGCAGGGCGCCGCGGGCCCCGCUCCGCGCUUGAAGGGCACCAUGGCCCCCCGUGCCACCCUGCUCCUCCUCGCCCUCCUCCUCUCGGCCUCGCAGGGGCAGAAGCGGAGGCGGCCCCCGCCCCCUGAGAGUCCCAUCGAGAAGGUCGCCAUUCAGGAGAACCUCAGCCUCCCCCAGUUCGCAGGGAAGUGGUUCCUGGUUGGCGUGGCCUCCCGCUGCAGCUACCUGGCAGAGCACAGCCACCAUCUGGAGGCGACAGCGGUGGUGGUGGCUGUGGAAGGGCAGAGCCUGGCCAUCAGCACCUUCAGGAAGCUGGACGGGAUGUGCUGGGAGAUCAAGCAACACUACCUCCCUGCCAAGGCCCAUGGACGUUUCCUCUUAAAGGGCCGUGGCUACAGCAGCAAGGUGGACGUGGUGGUGGGGCAGACAGACUACAGCAGUUACGCCAUCCUCUAUUACCAGAGGGGCCGGAGCAUCUCCGUCAAGCUCUACGGACGGGCCAGCCGGGUCAGUGAUGCCGUUGUGGAGAGAUUCGAGCAGCAUGUCAGGGCUGUGGGCCUGAAUGAAGAUGUGACCUACUACUUCCCCACAUAUGGGUUUUGCGACGCCGCGGACGAGUUCCACAUCCUCGACGAAACAAAGCCGUAGAUGCAGGUGGCAUUGCUGGGAGGUCCCCAGAGCCAGCCCUGAUCCUGUCUGACUACCUGCAGAUACAGGGCCGUGCAAGAGCCAGGGCUGGCCAGGUUUUGGUCAGACACCUCUGCCUGCUCCACAUGAGCCCUGAGGCUCCCCAGCUGUGGUGACACCUUGCCGUGUCACCCUGCAGCUUUGUGUCAUCCAUCUGCUCGGUGCCCUGCAGCUCCUGCAGCAGCCAAUGACAUCCCAAUAAAUACCUUGGAAAAAGG